CACCUAGCAGAAUGUGCGCGUCCGCGGGAGGGCCCGGUAGAAAAUGGCGAGUCUGUGCAAAAGGCAGCAAUGCACGAUCGAGAGGCGCGGCUUUCGGCAGGAACUUGACUCGUGGCGACACAAACUCAUUCACUGUGUAGGGUUUGAAAGCAUUUUGGAAGGGCUGUUCGGGCCGGGACUAGUCAAAGAUAUUACCCUUUUUCAAGAUUGCGAGCCCGAGGUACUGUUGGAUUGGUCGCUUGAUGUAAAUUGUCUCUUUUGCUGCUCAAGACGAGAGAAAGUCAAGGAACACUUGGUUGGCAUCACUCCCCAGGUCUUAUCAGAGUCAGAGGACUUGAAACAGGACACGUCCAAAAUCAACCGCCUGGAGAAGCAAGCCGAAGAGUUCCUCAAUGCUGUCUUCUACAGAAAGGCAGACCUCCCAAGCUUCUCGGACCCCCACAUCCCUCUAGUGGCUCGUGAGAUAAUGCAGCGAAUGAUCCGUCAGUUCGCUGCUGAAUAUACCUCAAAAAACAGCUAUUCUCAGGACCCCCCCCAUCACCCCCAGCCCAACGGCAUCAAGGACCAAAGCCGCCUCCUGCCGAGAGCGGCUUCUCCAGCCCCGGCCCCCCUCGCUCUGCCUGGGGCGUCCAGCCCCCCGUCCCCCGCCCCGGGACCGGGCCUCAGUCCCGCCUCCGCCUCUGCCUUCGUCCCGGACAGUGGGAACGGAGCCGGUAGUAACUGUAGUGGUACCGGUGCUGCUGCCUCUGCACAGAACCCCGUCCUCAGCAAGCUUCUCAUGGCCGACCAGGACUCUCCACUGGACCUCACCGUCAAGAGGCCCGACCCCACAGAGACCAAAACAGAGGAUGGAGUCCUGGACCUCUCCACCAAGAAGGCCCACGGCACCGUCCUCAAAAACUCUCACAGUUACACCCUGUUGCCCACAGUGAAGGGGCGUGCCCUGAGAGUUGAGCGCUCCUUUCGGGACGUGGAGGACGAUGACAUGCUGCCGAGAAGCUUACAGGACGGGCUGAGGGACAGCUACGUCAGUUCCGCCCCCCUCAAGCCCCCAUUGGCCCAUUCGCUGCUUAUAAAGGAGGAGCUCCUCAGCCAGAAGCACCGCCUCCUCGGCCAGCCUCCGGCUCUCUCAUUGGCUAGUCUGGAGGCGGCGGGGCUUCUCAACCACGGGAACAAAGGGAACCACGUGGAGCCCCACCCCCUCCUGGCACGGGACGGCUCUCCGUGGGGUUCCUCCAGUGGUAAAGCCCAACACCACCAACUGGACAGCCUGCUGAGGCUGAAGCAGGCCAGCGCCAUCCUCUCAGACCUCCAAGAUCUGCCUCUGUUCUUGGACAACCACCACCACGGGGCGUUCUCCUCCAAGAGCUCCUCCGGAGGUGGCCUCCGCCACCACCAUGGCUCCACCAAGACCCACCAUGAGGUGGUGGUGAAGAGGGAGCCGGGAGGCCACCACUCCCCGCCCGUGGACCUGAAGAUCCCCCAGGUGAGGGGCAUGGACCUGUCAUGGGACUCCCACGCCUCAGACCUGUACGGGUACGGGGCCAUGGUGUUGGGCGCCGGGUGCCACGGUGGGGUGGAGAAUGCUUUGAGCAGGAAGCUGAGGGUCAUCCUGCCCAAGCAGAACCGGCGUGCCGGUAGCCUGAGAGGCAGCCUGGGAGGUUUUCUGGAUGGGGCGGCAGACUACUGGAGCUCCGACGUGGAUCAGGGGACCUCCGGGCAACCAUACCCGACCUCCGACCCCGAGGGCGACCCGUGCUCUAAGCAGCCCAGGAAGAAGAGGGGGCGCUACCGCCAGUACAACAGCCAGAUCUUAGAAGAGGCCAUCGGCAUGGUGAUGGGUGGGAAGAUGAGCGUAUCCAAGGCCCAGAACAUGUACGGGAUCCCUCACAGCACACUGGAGUACAAGGUGAAGGAGCGACUGGGCACACUGAAGAACCCUCCUAAGAAGAAGCUCAAAUUGACCUUGAGGAUGGGAGGACAGGAUUCCGCCGCCGAGUCAGAGACCACACCAACCGCGACGCCGCGAGAGGUUGCGCCACCGGAGGCCGCCGAUCUGAACCACGAGCAAAAAAUGAAAAUGGAAUUUGAAGAUUAACUGAGAAUCAACGAUGACGAUGAAUCCUCCCUUUCCUUAUAUAUGUAUAAAAACAUCUUAACAUUAAGACUACAGUAAUUGGAAACAAAUGGAGCUUUAUUUGUGCCAAUUUACUGUUGCAGUAUCUGGGUGAGCACAAGCGCAGGGAUAUGAGGAGGAUUCUAAAACAAGCUGGAGAUGAAAACUAAACCAAUCGGCUGGUUCUGCGGUUGUCGUUUUGACACUGCACAUUUGUUUAGCUUUUAUAUCAAGCGGCGAAACAAAUGUGUCAAAAGCCACUAGUGACGUGACAGUUAUUAAUUACAGUUUGUAAAGCAUGUUGAUUAUCCCCCCCCAAAACACUAACUCCCCCUAUUCUGAACUUGAUACACUGACCCUGCAUUGCUUUUAAAUGCAGUCUGGGCUGCGGAAUAUAUAAUAUUUGGGAAAAAUUUGAGGGGGUUAAAAAUGAACCCUUUUGAACAAACUAUUAUGACCCCCCCCCCCCCCCCUCUCUCAUUUAAGUACUAGUACCAAUUGGUAAGUGAACUGUCUCCUAUGUUUUGAACCAACUCUAAAACUAGUAAUGUCACAGGAAGCUCUCUCACCAGGAAGCUGAAUCAAAACCGCAUUAUUUCUAUCGCCAGGUAGCCAUUUCUCUUUAACAAACGCAAAACUUUCUUUCCUCCUUCGAUAUUCUGCUACUCUUUAAAAGUGAACGAAAGCAACAUUGGCCGUGUCCUUUUUAAGGUAAAGACACAAAAUAGUCAAUCAGGGAUGCAUGUUCGUAAGUUUUAGUAAAUAACUACUAACUUUUAGAAUAUUUUGAAUGUUUUUUUGUUUGUUUUAUCUUCUUUUGUUUGGCUUUCUUUUGCACUACACUUUCAGUCUGGCGCUCACCGGCGCCGCCCAGUGGUGACAGACCAGGUUACCUCGGCAUUGCUGUCCUAGCAUCAUGCACUUAAGGUCUGUCAUAAUCCCCGGCCAACUGCGCUCCAGGUACAAGUUACCCGUAGCCACAGAUCUAGGAUCAGUUUACCCUGCCUUAACAAUUAGGGGGGAAACCUCAAAACUGACCUGAGAUCAGCAUGUAGGGGCAAUUUUAUAUCUCUGCUGCUCACCUGGAGAGAGCUCCUCAACCUCAACGGUGGUAGGUAAAUGUUGCCUCUAACCACUGGUCCAUAGUCAGAUGUCUUUUGUAUCCCCUUAUUGCUAAGGUUUGGAUUGGGGCUUGGUGAUCUGAUCCUAGUUCAGUGGUUGAGCGCAACUUCUACCUCAAGCACCUGCAACAAGUGAAUCUGUUCCCAAUCCCGAUCCUAGGGAGCUGUAGCCAUCUCUGGUUUUCAUUCCAACCAAUGACCUCAUGCAUAUGCCCUCAGCUAAUUAGUGGGUGGGGUUCUCCUAACACUAUGACAUCACAUGGAGUGAUAACCACAUGUAUUGUAGCUCUCCAAGACCAGGAAGUGGAAACAUUGCUGCUACAACUAUAUUAUCCUGUACUGAGCGAAGGUUUUACCAGCCUUACUGUCUCUAAACACUAAACAUUUCAUAAAGUUUUCUGUUUUAGAAUUCUAACUAAGUAAAAGCUUCUUAGUUGAUGAGUUUUGAAAUGGCUCCUCUCACUCCCAUGUGGUUUUAAAAUGUUCAAAGGUAGUUUCGAAGGCAGUUUAUUACGACAAUGUGCAUUUAUACUUGGGGGGCGGGCAUUUAACAGUGAGAGGGGAUGUGUUCGGUUGGGAGGGAUUAGGGGAUAAUAUAAUAUAAAUUAUUAUGAUGACACUGAACUUAAAGCCAAUCCGCAUUUCUGGAUGAUUUUGUUCCUCAUUUUUAACUCAGGGUACCUGAGACGGGAAUCUCUUGACGAAGCCAUGAUUCUAAAACACGGACGUGUUUCCUUUAUCCUGCAGGACCUAAAAGUGAAGGGCAGGACAUGACUUCUCUCACUCUGCUACUUCUGACGGGGGGGGCGGAGCUUACAGCCCGGCUGGGUGGGUGUGGCGUAGUAGUGCCACGCCCUGUAGACCGCGGUGAAUCAUGAAGAAGGUAACAAACUAAAACAGUGAGGAAAAGUUUGGAAAUUAAACGUCUGAAAAUAGCACCUUUUUUUUUUUUACCGCGUGAGAGAGAGGAGGAUAUUGUAGCUCUUUUCAGAGAGAUGGGGAUGGGUUUGGAUGGGAGGAAGAGAGCUGAUUGGAGGAGGGUAAGGGAUGGCCAGAAAGCAAAAAGAGAGAAAAAAAAAAGCUUUAGUGUCAAAGACUUUCAGAGAGCUGCAGCUUGGACCUAAACAUGUUCUGUUUCCUCUCUAUUACCUCCUCAGUACCCUGGUUGAUGCUUGAAUUUGUCAGAUUUCGUGUAGUGUAGUUGUCAUAUCUGGUUCCUGCCCCGCAGCCCUCCUGCCAAACCAGGCGGAAACUAUCUUAUCUGUCGUCAUGUUUUGUCAGGGGAAAGAAAAAAACCAUCCUUCUGAGAAAAUGUUUUUAGAAAAAGAUGCUCUCGUUUUGUGUGUUGGGGGGCAACAAAAAAAAGACAAAGGAAAAAUAAAAAUAAAAAUGUUUUUUAAAGUGUUUUUAAAGCCCUCUUUUGCUCUGCUGUAGUAAACGUUGCUGUUCGCUCUAAACACUGCCUGGUGCUCACCCAGUCUGUGAGAUUAUUCAUGGAAUUGUACUUAGAAAACUUCUCCAUGUCAACACUGAUGAAAUGAACAUUCACUCCUUGAAAUGUCCUGUACAUUUUAUUUAUUUCAUUUUGUAUUUUAUUUUCUUCUACAAAAUGGCAUGCACCAAUCCGUUCCGGGUGAUUUGGGAAUUCUUAGAUAGGAGCUUACAUCUGCAAAGUAUAGACUACUUUAUGAAUGUCGUACCAAGCGAUUCAUGCUCUAGUGUAUUCUAAAUGAGUGAAUAAUUGGUAUAUAAUUGUUAUAAUUAUAUUCAAACCCCUAAUGAACAAUCUUACCUAGCCCUGUUCUGAUAGAUUGGUCUUGGGCUUUGACCCUCCCUCCCAUGACUUGAUUGGCAGUUAUGCGUAGCCGAUGGGAACAAUGUAAUCCCUUUAUGAUGACCUCUGUAGGAACACAAGGUCAGGGGUCAUGCAUGAAAUGCGUUCAACACUUAGACAAUGCAGAGUAUUUCAAGUGUCUAAUUGGUUACUUGUCCCAUCCAAUCAGAAGACCAAAUAUAGUCCAGCAAUGACUUAUAUGAGAUUGAUAAUUUUACUUAAGUUAUGAGUAAAGCACUUAUUGUGUAGCCUUUUACCUUUCAAGGCAUGAUUACUAAUUAAUUUAGCUUAGAUGUGAAUGCGAUUUGACAAGAAAAAACACUACUUAAAGUAUAGUGUGGAAUUGUGUUUUAAACUUUGUUUUUCUCCUAAACUUGCGAGUUAUUAUGAAGUAUGACAAAAAUGUGCCCCUUAGCGCUUCUGUCACGUUAAGCAUGUGAGCAUGAAAAAUGAUGCUGAUGGGAAAUGUGUAUAACCUGUACAAAUGGUAUUUACUUGUCAUGACAUGUAGCACUGACUGAGAUGCCUGUCUAAAUUCCUACAUUCAGCACUUAGAUCCUGAAACCCUUGAGGGGAUUCCUACAUUCAGCACUUAGAUAGGUCCUGAAACCCUUGAGGGGAUUCCUACAUUCAGCACUUAGAUAGGUCCUGAAACCCUUGAGGGGAUUCCUACAUUCAGCACUUAGAUAGGUCCUGAAACCCUUGAGGGGAUUCCUACAUUCAGCACUUAGGUAGAUUCUGAGACGGGAUUCCUGAAGGGCCAAGAAUUUCCACAUACAUUAUUUAUGAAAACUAUAAAUCUAUGUAUUUAUCGUUGGGCAAUCAAAAAAGAACAUGCUAGUGGUUCCCGAAGACGAGGAUGUUGUUUAAGGCAGCCCCCCUGUACCUCUCUGAUUCAGAGGGGUUGGGUUAAAUGCAGAAGACACAUUUCAGUUGAAUGCAUUCAGUUGUCCAACUGACUAGGUAUCCCCCUUUCCCCUUCAUCAGUCGUAUCUAAUCUACUGAGGUGCAUUGCCAUUUGGGCUUUAUUUCAUGUUUGUAUGAAUAUUUUUGGGGUUGAGUUGUUUAGUUAUGCCAUUUGGGUUAACGGAUCCCCCUGUCUGAAAAAGUCCUCCUCCUUAACACGACUGAGUCUCGCCUCUUUUACAGAGAAGUUUCUCACUUCUAAUUAUUUAUAUACACACAGAUAAUGAAUGUAAUAAACCGACAUUAAUCUCUCAACCCCCCCACACAAAAAAAAAAAAAAAAAAACAAAACAAUGACACUGUCAUUUUUUUUUUGGGGGGGGGGACAGACUGUUUAAUUUCUUUCUCCACCGUCUGCUUGUAUUUGACUAGCGUUUUUCUGCCGUGGGUAUCUGUAGCCUUCAGUAUUGUACCUCAGGAUAAAGUUGACGGGAGGGGCAGCAAUAUUAGUCAGGAUGACGCAGACUUAACUACCUGUAUUAGAUUAAAUGUAUAAAACACCUAUAUUAUAUAUUGACCUGGCUCAGCUGUGUCCAAGUGCUGUACCUCAACCUGCACUUGUAUCCCUCUCAGGGAAGCCUGAAAGAAAGAAGGGAUAGUUGAUACUCUGGGAAAUAUAGGCCCAUCCUCCUUUUUCUUUUGCUCUUGUCUUUUACAAGAGGAGCUAGGAGAAUGUGACUGACAGCUUAUGAGACAGAGACACAGUCGGUCAGAGACCUAGAGGGGAGAAUGUGACUGACAGCUUAUGAGACAGAGACACAGUCGGUCAGAGACC